AUGGCCGCCGCCGCCGCCGCCGUUGGCGGCGUCCACGACAAAGUUGACGACAAGGUCAGUAUUCACGAGAUCCUCGAGGGGAUGACGAAUGAGUUUAACAAGGGUGUGAGCCCGGCGAAGAGUGGCGAGCACGAAAAGGUGGAGAUGGAGACGGUGACGUCGCUGGUGCCGCCGAGGCUCGUCGACGACGCGUCCAAGGGGGAGAGGGAGCUGGACGGCGUCGGCGAGGAGGUCGCCGAGAGUCCGGAGGACGAGGUCGCCCCUCAGACUCCGGAGGAGAAUCACAAGGGCGAGGAGGAGAGCAAGCAGGAGGCUGUCAAGAAGGACAACAGCAUACCCAGGAUCGUCUUGACGUUCAGGACCAUCGACGAGAAUACGGAUCACGGCAAGAAGACCAAGAUAUCCAGUUGUUCCUCCAAUCUCACUUUAGUUCCUGACGAGCUGGUCAACUGCGAUCAGAUCGGCGGCGUCUCGGUGAAGAUCGAGAACUCGGACGAGAAUUCCGACGUGGUGGAAGAGUCCCAGGCUGAGGAAUCCCAGGCGGAGGAGUCCCAGGCGGAGGAGUCUCGGUCGGAGAAGACUAAGGCGGAGGAGACGAACGAGGAGUCUGCAGAGGUGACGGAAUCGAGAACCGAGGACGAGGACAAGGUGGAGGCUGCUGAAGAGAAGCGCAACAGCGACACGCAACUUCCCGUCCAGAACAAGCUCGAAACCGCGGAGAACAAUGCUGAGAAGAGCAACGUCAAGGCGACGUUUGCGGAAGGUGACGAGCAGCAGGAAACUACCGCGCCAGUUACCAGGAAGAGAAGACUCGGACGACCCAGAUUACGAGCGCUCAGCGAUUCGGUCCGUCAGGACGAGGAACCUCCCGGCCCCAAGCGUUCCGCUAGAAGGCUGUGCAAAGAGUCCGUAAAGAGCACUGUGCUGGAGAGCGCUAUGGCGCGUAAGGAGAAGUCCAAUUACACGGAUGAGUUCAAGAAGAGAAAGUACAACAAGCCGGGUCGGCCCAAGAAGAUUGUCCCGGGCAAAGAUCAGGCGAAGCAGCAGACUCAAGCGAAGCUCUCCGACGUCCGCCAGGAGCUGGAGACGUCGCUUACGUCGGACGGUGUCAGCGGGGCCGAGAACACGACGUUAGAGUCCUCGCACGACACCACGCUAUUGGAGAACAGCGUCAACGACAGCGUUGCGGAGGAUUUACCGUUCUCGGCCGACUUGGAGGGAAUGCCGAAGCUGUCGCCGAUGACGAAGAACUCGGAGCCGCAGACGAAACUGGGCAACUCCAUCGGCAGUCUGAACAGCGACGAGAUACCUUUGGCGGACAUUCAGAAGCCUUUCUUGAAACCCGCUACCCAGCCUGCCGUUCGAACCAGGAGGGAGAGGGGACGUCCUCGCGGGAGCACCCAAGCGGCGCGAAAGAUAGCGAAGGCGGACCUCUACGAAGAUGGCACUCCGCCCGUUGCUGAAGCGGGAAAGAAUAACGAUUAUCCCGAAGGUAAAGCUUCACUUUUCAACACGAGACAUAACGGAUACAAAAAGACGAAUAAGAAUCAAUUUGAAGGAAAAGUUCCAAAGGUACCGGUCAAACGGACUCGCCGGAGUAUGGUGCCGAGCCCGAGUCCCGCGGAAGGACAGGCGUCAAAGCCGGAAUCGACGGCGAUCAUGAGUGAUACAUACGUGCAAUCAAUGGUGUGCCUGUGCCAAGUGCGAUCUCAGUUGUACGUGACGAUAACCGGUUCCGGGGGGCCGCUCUACUGCACUGCUAUCGACUCGAUCGACAACCGGGUGGUGGGCUGCUGCAACGAGGUGGACGCCAACGACGUGGCGAUGCGGCGGCCCAGCCCUCGCGUGCCCUUCAUCAUCCUCUGCCGUAUGCACAAGGAACGACUGCUGCGCCACAACUGCUGUCCCUCCUGCGGCAUGUUCUGCUCCCAAGGCAGAUUCGUGCAGUGCACCAACGGUCACCAGUAUCACCGCGAGUGCGAGAUCUACCCGAACAAGAAGGGCGUCUGUCCGCACUGCGGCAGCGAGACAGCUGCGUACGAUGUGCUGGUGACGAUGAACGGCAUGCGGCGGCCGGUAUUCAUUCCCACGCGUAAAAAAUUUUCCAAAUUGCCGUCGGCAAAGAUGAGCCUACCUGGGAAAGGCGACAACACCAAACUGGCUGAGCGACCGCCCAGUCCGUUGAUCAAGCCCGAUGUUAUCAAGAUACCCGAGCCGUCGAUUAAUACCGAGAGGCCGGAGCGUUACACCAUCAUGAGUCUCUACACCUCCGUGAAGAAUGGGGAUCUUGAAAAGCUGGUGAACGUACUAGCAUGUGGCUACAAUGCAAAUCACACAUUCCGGGAUUAUGCUCACCGGACCAGUCUGCACAUGGCGGCGGAUAAAGGACAUUUGUCGUGUGUACACGUUCUGGUUCAAGCUGGUGCUCAAGUAGAUGUAAUGGAUAGGAACCAAUUGACGCCGCUGAUGCUGGCGGCGAUUAAGGGUAAUGCUGCCGUGGUUAAGUACCUAGUCAGGAUAGGCGCCGAUGUGACGCUCAAGGGCGAGGACGGUAUGACCGCCCUGCAUAUGGCUGCCAAGUCCGGCCACCUAGAAGUCUGCAAAAUCAUUCUGACUGAGUGUAAAGUGCCGAGAACGUUAGUAGAUUCUGUGGACGACGGCGGCUGGACAAGUUUAAUCUGGGCGUGUGAGUUCUGUCAUGCGGAUGUCGCGCGGUAUUUAUUGGACAAGAAGUGCGAUCCGCUUAUUCGCGAUGCCGAGCAAAAUAUAGCGUUGCACUGGAGUGCCUUCAGCGGCAGUUCCGAAAUCACGGAGAUGCUUCUCAACGAGGGAUGCGACGUGAACGCCGUCAAUGUCCACGGCGACACACCCUUACACAUAGCAGCUAGGCAGGAUCAAUAUGCAGUCAGUGUUUUACUGUUAGCGCGCGGUGCAAAAAUAGGAGAGGCGAAUGCUGCCGGCGAAACCGCGGUGAACUGUUGCGCCACGGACGGCGACACUAUGGCUGCUUUGAGAUUGAACGCGAAAGUCAACGAACUCUCCGAGCAUAUGUGGGAGAAGACUGUUAAGAUAUUGACGAACGACAUUUCACGCGGAAAGGAAACGAAUCCUAUACAGUGUGUCAACGGAUACGAUUCUGAGGACAAGCCGACGGACUUUCUUUAUGUAACGGAGAAUUGUUUCACGAGCAACAUCAACGUGGACCGCACCAUUACAUCAUUGCAGUCUUGUCGAUGCGAGGAUAACUGCAGUUCCGAAAAGUGCUUAUGCGGAAAUAUAAGCCUGCGAUGUUGGUACGAUGAGGAGGGAAAGCUCAUACCAGAAUUUAAUUAUGCAGAUCCACCAAUGUUGUUUGAAUGCAAUCCGGCUUGCGACUGUAACCGCAUUACAUGCAACAACCGAGUGAUUCAGCACGGACUGACGCAACGGUUUCAAUUGUUCCGCACAAAGGGCAAGGGUUGGGGUCUCCGAACUCUUCGGCAUAUUCCUAAAGGCACUUAUGUUUGCGAGUAUGUCGGCGAGAUAAUCUCGGAUUCCGAGGCUGAUCAUCGCGAGGAUGACUCCUACUUGUUCGAUUUGGACAACAGAGAUGGAGAAACGUACUGUAUAGAUGCGAGACGUUACGGGAAUAUUGCUCGGUUCAUUAAUCAUUCGUGCGCGCCGAAUUUGUUGCCAGUGCGAGUGUUCGUCGAACAUCAGGAUUUGCAUUUUCCAAGAAUAGCCUUCUUUGCUAAUCGCGACAUCGAGGCAGAUGAAGAGCUCGGCUUCGAUUACGGCGAGAAAUUCUGGAUAAUAAAGUGCAAGUCCUUCACAUGUACCUGCGGUGCCGAAAACUGCCGUUACUCGGAGAAGACUAUACAAGUUACGCUGGAUAACUACCGGAGAAAGAUACAGCAGGAGGAGAUGCUGGCAGCUCAAACCUCGUCGUAACCCUAAUGCGAUUUAGCUUAAUUCUUUAGGUGUUUACGAUUUUUCGCGAACGAAUACGACGGCUAUGAUAACGACGGCAGCGAUCGUCUCGUCGAUCAUACAGUUCUACGCGUCAGUUCGCCGCGAAAUUGAUUGCCGCAACGCGCGCGGGAUCGUAAAAGUACAAAUGCAAAACGGUGGUGGGGUAAGCAUUCGAUUAGGUUCUUUCACCGAUGUUUCCUUACGCUGUAAUGUACCAGUUCGGCUUCGCAACGAUCAAGUUCGGUUACGUUAUUGUUUGCCGCCGAACACCGAACGCUCGUCCGCAUUGAGAUGCCGGUAAAAUAAAUUGACAGCCGGUCUAUCAAGAUUGUUAUCGCUCGUCUUUUGAGUAUUAAUAAAUUUUAAUAGCAAAUUCGGAAAAGUAACCGCCUUGCGAGAGUAUGUAUAUUAGGAGAGAGAAACAUGACAAUAGUCAGAUUGUCGAAAAGAUUUAUAGAUAUUUAUGAUUACUGUGAAGGAUUGGUUUUUUAAGAAGUGUCUCCCAUUUUCCUUGGCAGACCGGUGGUUAAUGACAAUUAUGUAAUUUAUACACAAUGGAUCUUCAACUUGGUUUGAAGGGCUUACGGAGGACGUAAUGAUGAUUGUAACACGUUUUGCAAGAUAUCCUUGUCACGUUCUCGUCCGAUUCACUUUCGAGACAAAUUUAAGGAGGCCGUAAUGUCGUCUCACGUCCGUAUAUUUUCUCAGGCUUGCUCGUACUUGUUUCCUACUUUUGCCGAUCUUCUCCGCGAGAGUGCAACGACUCUACGAGAAAGUGCCACGUUGAUCUUUUCUUUUCUUCUCCCCCCCUUUUUUUAGCGAGAUAACGAUGCGCAUAAUAUAUGUAUAUAUAUAUAUAUAUGUAUAUCUAUUAUUUGCUAGUUUGCAUGUGUGAGGUGCGAAGGUAGUAAAAUGUGUGUUGAGAAUAUUGUUACGGUUUUGCUUGGAUGAAGUAUGUGAUCGUAGGACAGAUAGAUAUGCGAAGCUGUCAUCGCUUUUAAGUGAAUCGAUGUUGGAAUGAUAUCGCAGCCGCGUGUUCGUAUGUUCCUUAUUAUAAAGCGUCACGCGAAUCACCAAUUAUUUCAAUUAGCCACUCAUAUCCCGGAGCAAAGCGUUUUAACGUUGGGUUCACUGUAAGCGAUGUAAUAUAUAAGGAUACACCUUUUUGUACAAACGAUCGACUUUUUGUAUAAUAAAAGUUGCCCUUUUUAA